AUGGAGAUGCAAGGUUGCUUACAGGACUCCACGUUACUGAAUUUUGUCAAUGAUGAUGGGAACCUGAUGGCGUUUCCGCAAAAGUACAAUUUAGGACCAAAACAGAAGGUGGAUGAUGAUGCUCCAUUAUGUCCAAAUACUCAGAAACGGAUCAGCGACUCUUUUUGGAGCCGAGAGCUUGAGGACGGCGCUGAGGAUCAUCUGGGCUCGCCACGGUUCUGCUGCGGGAGUCACAGCAAGGAUAAACGGAGGAGGAUCAUCACCGUGGUGCAGCGACAGGCGGCCAACGUGCGGGAGAGAAAGAGGAUGUUUAGUCUGAACGAGGCCUUUGAUGAACUAAGGAGGAAAGUUCCCACGUUCGCCUAUGAGAAGAGACUCUCCCGCAUCGAGACGCUGCGCUUGGCCAUCGUUUACAUCUCCUUCAUGACGGACCUGCUGGAGCACACCUGA